ACAAAAAGAGACGUACACGUGGCAGAACGUCAACUUCAAUAUCCACAACAUCAUCGUGGGCCAGCUCUGGGUGGAGCAUUGCGGCACGAUGGAGAUCACCAACAACAAGACGAGCUACAAGUCGGUGCUCAACUUCAAGCAGUGCGGCUGGUUCUCCAAGGAGCUGCACCAUGUCGAGGGCUUUGUCUACAACGGGAAGAAGAAGGAGCGAGCCAUGUACGGCAGCUGGGUCCUGGGAAUGUACAGCUGCCCAGCCGACGCCUACGAGAGCUUCCUGAGUAACCCGGACAACAAGGGGAGGAUAUCAACGCUGAUGAGAAGAACCGAUUGGAGGAGAAACAGAGGGACGCAAGGAAAGACAGAAAGAAAAAGAAUAAAGAGUGGACGCCUGUAUGGUUCACAGCGAGCAAGAACGCGACCAGCGGCAAGGAGGAAUGGUCAGUCAGCAACAACUACUGGCAGAGGAACUGGGCCGCCUGCCCGGACAUUUUUUGA